CGUUCCCGAGAGGGCUCGGUAGAAAAUGGCGAGUCUGUGCAAGAGGCAGCAAUGUACGAUCGAGAGGCGAGGCUUUCGGCAGGAUCUUGAUUCGUGGCGGCACAAACUCAUCCAUUGUGUAGGUUUUGAGAGCAUUCUAGAAGGGUUGUUUGGGUCGAGGUUGGUGGAGGACCUAACGUUAUUUAAAGACGGUGAGCCUGAAGGUGUUACAGACUGGUCAUUUGACAAGAACUGCCUGUUCUGCUGCUUAAGACGAGACAAAGUCAAGGAGCACUUAGUUGGCCUGAGUAACCAGGGGUUGGAGAGUGGGGCUAAACCCCUGCUGGUCAAAGACCAGACCAAGAUCAACAGACUUGAGAAACAAGCAGAGGAAUUUUUUAAUGCAGUCCUCUACAAAAAAGAUGUGCCCAGCUUCUCAGACCCGCACAUUCCAGUAGUGGCUCUGGAGAUAAUGCAGAGGAUGAUCCGCCAGUUUGCUGCAGAAUAUACCUCAAAAAGCAGUUCCUCUACUCCGGACAGCCGCUCCACUCCCAGGCCUGGUCUCCACCCAGACCAAAGCCUGCCUCCUCCCCCCUCGCUGCCCACGGUGCCCCCAGCUGCCAGCCCUGGUGGUACUGCGACCGCCUCCGUACCCAGCCAGAACCCCGUCCUCUCCAAGCUGCUGAUGGCCGACCAGGACUUACCUCUCGACCUCACUGUCAAGAAGCCUCUGCCACAGCCUGUAGAACAAGAUGGAGUCCUGGACCUGUCACUCAAAAAGGGAAGGGCCAAAAGCAGCACGUCAUCGCUCCGCAGCCCUCACCUUUCCCAGACGUCCGCUCUUAGAGGUGAAUGUCUGGAGCUGACUACAGAAAAGGCCAGGGACCUGCAGUCCACCUCCACGCUGGAGGAGUUCAUGACCAAGCUCUGUCUGCACCACCAGAGGCAGAUUGUCGACGCCCUGGGCUUCCUACAGACAGAGGUCAAGGCUAUAUCCUCCUCCAGCGCUUCGCUAGCUUCUCCCUCCAAACCCUCUUGCUCAGUGGAGCACGGAGCCCUCCAGGGUCCUAGCCCUGCACCUUGCCUGCAGACCCCAGAGAGGGGGAGGACUGGUCAGAAACUUCCCCUGGCUUCCACUCCAAAAGGAUCGACGGAGGGGCAAGAAAGGUUGGUAGCCCCAGAGCAGACUGCUGUGUUACGAAAUGUGUCUGGGGCCGCUGGGCCGGCCUUGGAUCUCCGUAAACCUGGCCCAGGGGAGUCUAAGGCUUUGGCAACCCUGUUCAGAAGCGCAGAUGACAGUGUGAGUAAACGUCUUAGUGACCAUGCUCCGCUAAAGAUCAAAAUCAUGAAGUCCAGCAGCCUGGCUGAUGGUAAGAAGCUAUCCUGUGUGCUCACCACCUCUCUUCCUGCCGGCGCCGGUGCUUUGGAAGAAAUGCAGGGCAUUUCUGACUCCUCAACCAGAGCAGAUACUUACAGUGCUGGACAAGGUUCCUCUGUGAAAAGGCAUGAUCAUGCUGAUCGCUCAACAAGACAAAGAGGCUCCAUUGAACAUACCAAAGACACGCUGGUCAAACAAAGUCCACCUGAAAAGACCCCCAACAACAUACUCCCAGUUUCCCCUGGGACAGCAAGGAAGACCAUAAAGGGGUCUUCCUACCAUCGGCCUAGGGACACUUCCUCAGUGUGUCGGUUUGUAACCGACCCUGAUCUCGGCCACUGCGACAUCGUCUACAUCGACAAACCAAUCACAGAGUGUUUCCGGGAACGGCAGCACCGUCUGCUCCCUCGACGCAACGCCAGGAAAAGCACCAGAGGUCACAUGUAUGUGGAGGAAAUGUGGGAGCUGAAGACUGUCCGUACAUUAGCCAAGACGUCUGCCCGCAAUGAUAGUGGCAACUGUCCUGCUCAAAUGCCAGAGCUCAUCACUCUGGUCACUCCUAAACAGGUGCUUGGCAAACCUGAGGGAGUACCUCUUGUGGAUAUGCCUUUUGUUGGCGGUUUUGUGGAGACAGUCAGUCAGAAAACUCCUUCCGAGCUUCCAGCUGAAAGUGAGGUGGCUGGGGAUGUGGAGGCUGCAGCAGCAUCAGCCAGUGAGAUGGCACUGAUAGUUGAGACUAGUCAGACAGACCAGAGUCAGUGCAAAGAGCAGACUGCCCCUCCACCUCCUUCACAGAGUCCCCCAGUGGAUAACAGGCAGAGUACAGGGACGAACUCAGAGCUGCCAAGGCAGAGCGUAGCACCAGAGGAUAAUCUAGCUCAGACUGUGGUCGAGACGGCAGAUAAGGAUGUAAACAGUAUACACAAUUACAUAGUUUUAAGUGAAAACCCAGAGCAGGUGGUGAUGGGGAAAGAUGUAAACUUAUCACAGGAUAAGACAUCAGAAGAAGUUGAGCUUGUCCAGGAUAUGCUGCAGAGUGUGCCAGAGGGCCAGAAAGUUGUCUCUGAAACCCAACAGGAAUCUGCAUCACUGACCCCUUCCCUGGAGAGCAAUGAAGACAACGAGGUAGUGAGUGCAGGUGCAGUUGACAAAGAGCAGGCCAUGCCUCUGGAACCGCAAAUUUCAGUUGACCAGAAACCGUCUGAGGGCUCUGGAGGAGAAGCAAAAGCCGGCAUGGAGGUUCCCGCGGAGAGUGAAAGGAUAGAGGUGCAGGAAACGGGCGAGGUUGAACCAGACUUGGCUCCAGGCGAUGGCGACAAUGUGCCUGAAGAGAAAAAGACACAUGUUGAUUCGUCCUCUAAAAAGGUCAGUAAGGCAGUUGAGAAAGAAUUGCCUCUCAGGCGUUCUGAAAAACAGGGUAUUCCUGCACGGGUGAUUCCUUCAAGGGUGAAGGAAGCUGCAGUGAUUGAUACAGAGAGUAUGAUUAUAUGUGGAUAUGUGAAUGGUAGACCUAUUGGACAUUCUGACAGAUGUUUGCGUGAACGGCCAGCCAGAACCACCCCAGAGUCUACUCCUACUAAGACUAAACGCCCCACUAAGGCGUCUCUGAAACAGACUGAGAACCCUUCUGAGAACGUGUCUGAGAUUCCACAAGUCUCACCUGAGACUCCUCUCACCCCGAUCCCUGCUAGGGAAAGCGUCAAAAGCCCUUCGUCGAAGCGCCUCACCAAGGCCUCCCUGAAACAAUCUGAGAAAUCUUCUGAGAACAUGCCAGAGAUUCCUCAAGUCUCACUCCCUUCAGCCGAAGUGAUCAAAAGCCCUGUGUCCAUACGGCCCAAAAGAACCCCUAAAGCUAAAAUCACUCAGAACCUGCUUGACACGCAGAUCCCUGCUGAAGCAAGCCAGAACAUGUCUGACACAAGGACCCCUAUUGCCCCGAUAACAGCAAGCCAGAGCAUUCCUGACACUCCUCAAGUCCCAGACACACCAGUCAACUCUUCCAGGAGCCCUGAGUCCAGACAACCCCUCAGAUCUGCCAGACUGCAACAGGCAGCAGCUGUUGCCUCCCCUCUCGUCCCUGUCGCCUCCCCUCUCGUCCCUGUCGCCUCCCCUCUCGUCCCUGUCGCCUCCCCUCUCGUCCCUGUCGCCUCCCCUCUCGUCCCUGUCGCCUCCCCUCUCGUCCCUGUCGCCCCCUCUCUCGUCCCUGUCGCCCCCUCUCUCGUCCCCCCCUCUCUCGUCCCCCCCUCUCUCGUCCCCCCCUCUCUCGUCCCCCGACGCCCCCUCUCUCGUCCCCCGACGCCCCCUCUCUCGUCCCCCGACGCCCCUCUCUCGUCCCCCGACGCCCCCCUCUCGUCCCCCGACGCCCCCCUGACGCCCCCCCUCUCGUCCCUGACGCCCCCCUCUCGUCCCUGA